AUGUUCACUCCAGAUGUUUGGCGGUCUACGUCACCCGCAGCGACACUUCAAAGCUUUAAAAGCGACCUCGACAACUUCCCGAUUUCCUCAGCAGUUCUCAGCUGUCCCAAGCAACUCUCGAGCCACUCUCACCGCAAAGCACCUUCAAACACCAUGCAAACCCGCGUCUUCAUCUCCCUCUUCUUUGCAUGCCUUGCCACCGUUCGAGCUGCACCCGUCCUCAUUCCGGGUGUUCAAGUUGGCAGAGAGGACACCCCCGUCCAGAUCAACAGGUUGAACCCACUUCCUGACGUUACUCUACCCGAGAAUGUUGUGCGUUCGGAGAUCCCAGUUGCUGUUCCCGACCUCGCCAACGUCGACGUCGAGCUCGCAAACCCUGCCGUCGCUGACAUCGCUCUCCCCGAGCAUGUUGUGCGUGACGAGAUUCCCGUCGCUGUUCCCGACCUCGACGUCGCGGUCCCAGCAAACGUUGCUCCCGACGUCGCUCUCCCCGAGCAUGUUGCACGCGCAGAAAUCCCAGUCAGUGCCCCCGACGUCGCGGUCCCCGACGCCCCUUCAGACACUCUUCCUGACAUCACUCUCCCCGAGCAUGUUGAGCGGGCGGAGAUCCCAGUCGCAGUUCCCGACGUCGAUGCUGCAUCCCUGGUUCCUGACCUCGAUGUCCCCGAGGACACUGAUGUCGUGGAUGCCCCAGCUGUCCCCGCCGUCGCUGUCCCAGAGGCCCUUGCUCUCAAGCGAGGCCUAGGGAAGCUUCAUGCCGUCCACAUCCCGCACGACGAUGCACCCACUGCUCCUUCCACUCCGGACCUCUCGCUUCCCGCCGAGCCGAGACACAAUCCCGUCGCCGACCUCUUGAACGAAGGUGUUAGCAUCCGUGUCCGGGACGAAGUCGCAGUUCCCGGUGCCCCCGAUGUUGAUGCUGUCGGCGUUGCUAAAGAGGCUGUCGAGGCCACCGUGGAUGCUGCGGAAGUCCCCACCGGCCCAGAUGCCCUCGCCCUUUGA